CACAAAAUGAAGUACGCGCAACUUGUCAUGGGACCUGCUGGCAGUGGAAAAUCAACCUACUGUUCAGUAAUGUAUAAUCAUUGCCUAAGCACCGGGAGAACAUUGCGAAUGGUGAAUUUGGAUCCGGCAUGUGAAGUUUUUAAUUACCCAGCUGUUGUUGAUGUUCGCGAUUUGAUCAGUGUCAAUGAUGUUCAGGAGGACGAGGAGUUGAUUUUGGGACCUAAUGGAGCUCUGGUGUUUUGCAUGGAAUACCUUGUCCAAAAUCUCGAAUGGCUCCACGACGAGCUUGACGAAGGAGAAGACGACUAUUUCGUGAUCGAUUGCCCGGGACAGAUCGAACUCUACUCGCAUCUUCCAGUUAUGCGUCAGAUCGUCGAUGCUCUCAAAUCAUGGGACUUUAACGUGUGCUCCGUCUUCCUAAUCGACACGAAUUUCGUUUUAGACGCCGAGAAAUUCAUCUCCGGAGCUCUUACAGCGCUCUCUGCAAUGGUUGCAAUUGAGACCCCAGCGAUAAAUGUUCUAACGAAGAUGGAUCUGUUAUCGGAGAGAAAUAAGCAACUGGUCGACGAAUUUCUCGAGACAGAUACCCGCUCAAUUGUAGAUCAAGACGAGACUGUCUGGAAUUCGAAGCAUCGGAAGCUGACGCGAACUAUUGCUCAGGUGCUCGAGGAUUAUUCGAUUGUGAAGUUUGUUCCGUUGAAUUGUGAAGAUGAGGAGAGUAUUGAUCAGCUUUUACUGACAAUUGACACUACAAUUCAAUAUGGAGAAGACUUGGAGGUGAAGGAUCAUUAUCCAGAGGAGCUUGAUCCGGAGCAGCAGGAGUAGUGGUCGGAAAUUUGGAAAAAUUUUCGCACUGAAAAAUGAUUUUUUUUCGUUGAUUUGUUACUACUUACUUUUUUUUGUUUUAUUCUGCCUUUUCUUCCCCGUUGAUUAAAAUUUGUUAAAC